AUGGCUGGGACCCGCGGUGGCGGUUCAAGCCGCCCUGACGAAGAGGCAGCUCAUGCUGGCAGCUCCGAGCGCACGCCGUUGCUCAAGCCGAAUGACGACGUGAAUGAUCGUGCCGACACGCCCGUCACCGAGGCCCCCCAACAAAAUGAUUCCGGCGUCCCUGGCCAUCAAGACGAGGAGCAGACCGUCCUGGCGAAGGAGGAGUCAUUUGGUAGACUGGCGCUCAUCAUGGGCACCACUUGGGUCGGCGUGUUUCUGGGUGCCAUCGACUCUACCAUCAUUGCCACCUUGUCUGCACCUAUUGCCAGUGAAUUCAGGUCGCUGAGCCUAAUGUCAUGGCUUGCCACGGCGUAUCUCAUCUCCAACGCUGCUUGCCAACCUAUUUCCGGCCGGCUGACGGAUAUUUUCGGCCGCGGCCCAGGUCUCGUCUUCAGUAACGUCUUCUUUGCACUGGGAAACUUGAUCUGCGGGCUGGCUCGGGACGAAAAGGCCAUGAUACUGGGCCGUGUCGUUGCUGGCAUCGGCGGCGGCGGCCUCAUGAGCAUUUCUACCUUUUUAGGGUCCGACUUGAUCCCGUUGCGUAAAAGAGGCGUCGUCCAGGGCAUUGGCAAUAUUUGCUAUGGCUCGGGUGCCAUGUUGGGCGGUGUUUUCGGCGGCUUGAUCAAUGAUCACACCAAGCUUGGAUGGCGACUUGCGUUCCUGAUCCAAGUCCCGCCGGUAUUAUUGUCCGCCGUGGCCGUCCACUUCUUGGUUACCGUGCCGCCCAAGCAAUCUGACAAGUCGUACUUGGCGCGUAUCGACUUUCUCGGCGUCUUCUUGACAUCGUCGUUUCUUAUUCUGCUGCUUUUAGGUUUAAACUCGGGAGGAAACCAGGUUCCAUGGACGCACCCGCUGCCUUUGACAACUAUUCCGUUAUCCCUGGUGGCAUUUGUCAGUUUCUUGUGGUGGGAGAGUCGUGCCCGUCAGCCCAUCAUUCCUGUUAGGCUGCUGAUGACGCGGACCGUGUUGGCGGCAUGCUUUACCAACCUGCUUGGCACAAUGGUAGUCCUUACUCUCAUCUUCUACCUACCAAUGUACUUGCAGGUGUUGGGGGAAUCAGCCACAGAUGCUGGUCUGAGAAUCUUACCCUCACCUAUUGGUGUGUCGAUUUCAUCGGUUCUAUCUGGCUAUAUUAUGAAGCGCACGGGGCGAUUCGUCGCAGUCGGUAUCGCCAGCAUGGUCCUGAUCGGUACCGGUAUCGUGUUGCUGACACUUAUGGGCCGCGAUCCGUCUGUCUGGCUUAGCAGCUCUGCCUUCUUCCUCGUCGGCGGCGGCUAUGGUGCUAUGCUCACAACAACCUUGCUCGCCUGUAUUGCGGCUGUGGAUCACUCGCAACAAGCGGUCGUUACUUCUGCGACUUACUUGGCCCGAAGUCUUGGCGGCACGCUUGGAAUCACCAUUGGUUCCGCUGUCUACCAAAACAUCCUCAAGAACCGUCUUUGGGACCGUUUCGGUCAUCAACCCAACGCCGCUGAUGAAAUUCGCCGUAUCAGAGACGAUCUGGGCGAACUAAAGCAUCUGCCCGAUGGCUGGUACGACGGAGUCAUUGAUUCGUUCAUGGAAGCAUUUAGAGGCGUUUGGCUUACCAUGUUUGUGCUGGCCAUUGCCGGUUUAAUUUGUGUUUCUUUGAUGAGGCAUCAUACGCUUCACUCAACUUUGGAUAGACGAUAG